GCGGCGGCGGCGGCGGAGGGUAGGGUGGGGUGAGGUUUAGCCCCCCCCAGAAAGGACCUUUGAUCGCGGCUUCAGGUUGCCUUCAAGACCGAGAGGAAGAUAAUAGAAGAAAACACUGGAGGCCUUUCCCGCAGCAGACCACAACUAGAAUCUCGGGGUCACUCAGUGACUUGCAGAAGAUUCAGGACAGACAACACAUAAUUCAUGUUACAAGAUUUCAUGUUUGGGGCCCUGAAGGAAAAGGAAUUUGCCUCAUAGAUGGCCUUGGAAGUAGAAAAGUCUCCUUUUGAUGCUUCAUGAAGCGUGAAGGCCAAGUGUUGCGGGAGGUGGAAUUACACAGAGCUCGAGGCUGACUUCCCUGCAUCCGUCAGCCGUGUUUGCCAGCCCUUGGAAGUUGAGGAUGAAGCCCUCUUGCUCAUUGGAACCGAGGAUCAAGAGCUCAGAGCUGUAGAGGAAGCUGGUCCCAGAGUUUCCGGCGUUGCCGAGAGGAGCCAGAAAUAUCAUGACACGUCUUCAGUGCCUUCUAGCAGGUUUUGCGAGAUAAAGUAUGUGGAGAGAGCGCCGCUAGUCGGUAAGGCUGCUGAGGGUGGUGACGUACCUGAUCAUUUUAGCCGUACUGGUUCGCACCCUGAAGAGCAAAAGAUGAACGCAGUCAAGUCCUCAAAUUCUGCAGAGCUGCUUCAAGGUUUGCUGGAACUUCCUGGAGCCCUCCCAAUGAAAGCUGGGGACUCUGCCUUUUACAGCCCUACUGCUGGAUCCCGCCACAGCCUUGACGCUGGCUGCAGGAGCCAGACGGCCUUUGCCCCUUAUUCCUCCACUCCGAAACGUUUCUCGUGUAAACGAGACCCUCGUUUUGAUGCCUCAGUGCCCAUGUUCCCUAGGACUGGCAUUUCCUUGCCACCUCCAGAAGGCUCCGAUUUUGAACGGCAGGAAAGGGCCCGAUCCAAGAGCUUCUCAACUUCUGGGGCUGCUUCAUCGCCUGAAGCAUCUGCUCCGUGGUAUCGGCACAAUCUGCCUGACCCUGAAGAAACCCCCAUGCUUGGCAGGCACAAGCCAGUGCCGAUGGAUUGCUCUUCCCCGGUGGGCCAAAUAAGAAAGAUGACAUCCUUCCAGGCUGAUUACUGGGCGUGUGCAAUCCCGGAUUCCCUACCGCCAUCGCCAGACCGUCAGUCCCCGCAUUGGAACCCGAACAAAGAAUACGAGGACUUGCUUGAUUACACCUACCCUUUAAGGCCAAAAUACAAGCUCGCAAAGAACCCCAAAGACUCCACUGUCCAUGAUUCUGGGGUUGACCUUGACAGCUUUUCCAUUUCCCCUGAGAGUACUUUGAAGUCUGUGAGUGUGCAAGACCAAGAACGUCCAGCUGUGCAGAUCCAGAGCCCACAGAAGUUUUCGACUUCAUUGCUGAAAAAUCUAGAAUGCUCAGCACCCGUUUCUCACUACCGACUUUCCCCUAUUGGGAAAGUCUCCUUUGUAGAUGCUGGUCCCUCCUCCGGCAGAAUUGGCAUCUCCAGAGAGAUGGCACAUGGGUUGUCUCCUUUGUGCACUAGUCCUGGUCCAUCCAAUUCAGCCAGCAUAGAUAAGAGAGACUGGAACAUGAGGGGACAUGACGGUCUUCGAAAGAGGGGUGCUGCUAGUAGCAACUUCAUCCGCUCCACACAGGUGCUGCCCUUACAGACAGCAUGUUCCAGUGAUGAAGAAUAUCUCUCCUUACCUCCCAGACUCAAGGAGUUGGAGACAUUGGCUCAGCAGUUGACUGAUCUUUCACUGACCAUAAGGAAACCUGAACAUAGCCAUGCUCAUGGUGACUUGCCAUGCAUCAGUGUGAAUGGACAGCAGCUUGAGGGCAAUGGUGGUGGUGGUGAUGAGAGCCAGUGGAAACUGCAUUGUGGUUCUUGUCAUACAUGCAGUUUCCAAGAAUACAGUGACGAAGGCCUUCUGAGCAAUCAAGGCUGCAGGGACCAGGAAAGCAUGCUGGGAGAGACUGCUUGCCCUGGUUUCCUCGAAGCAAGGUGCCUAGACUUCCUGGGGAGAGGAAGCCAACAUGUUGAGCCAGAGAAGAACUGUUACAGAGACUCCCUUGCGCAGCGCAUUAAGAUAUUUUGCUGUCAACUAGAAGAGCUCAUUUGUUGGCUUCACAAAGUAGCAGAAGUUACAGACAACUGGAUUCCUCCCAAGCCAGACAUUGAAAGUGUUAAAGCAUCAUUACAGAACUACCUGGAGUUCAAAAAGGAUUUAGCUGGCCACCAAACGCUGUCUGAAGGUGUGUUACAGGAUGGUGAAAGGCUCCUCCAGUGUAUGGCAUCAAAUUCACCAGUUUUACAGGACACUCUUGGUUGGAUUGCAAAGCAAUCCAUUGAGCUCGAAGCCCAUGCUGCGCGCUUGUACGAGUCUGUUCUAGCUGCUAUGGAUACUCUCAGCGCUGGCUUGGUGAAGAAUUGUGACGCUCAACCAACGGCCGCCCAGGCAGAGUCGUCUUAAGUAGUGGAUAAUGCCUCCAGUCGAAGUGGAAUUUGUCUUUAGCUGAAUGAGAGAAGUGCUUCAGGAAAGAGUGUGAGGAGGCCAUGCUAAACUGUUCUCUAAACCGAGGGCUGAAUCAAUGGGGCCUUUUUCUUCGACGCUGUGACCCGCUGGACUCCCAUCAAGCCUAGACGUGACAGCAGCUGGCUUCACGGUGGCACCAGAGUCUUUGGAGAGCGCAGAGGCGGCAGUAGUGAUGAGCGGCUUCUGACAGUCGGGAUGUCUCUUGAUUGAUACUACUUAUUUUAUAUUUCUUCAGGUGAACAGUUGCGAGUCUUCAAUGCCUGCUUCCCCUGUCCCUUUCAAAAGGUUCUGCUAAUGUUUUGUUAACGUGACAUUUCUAUGGAAGGCUACAUUUCAAAUAAAACAAU